CAUUCACACUAUUAUCCAAUCAACCAUCGUGUAUAUCAUGCAGAUACACAGGCCAGCAGCUCCAUGUCCCCAUCAAACACCAGAAUGUGGGAACAAUGUGAUCGCAGUGAUUUUGACAGGCUGGUUUGAGUAUUUCUAUGACCGCUGAUCUCCUGGGACUUUCACACAACAGUUUCUAGAGUUUACUCAGACGGUGCAAUCAAGAAAAACGUACAGAUUGGCAGUUCUGAGCACGGAAACGCCUUCUUGAUGAGAGAGGUCAAUGGAGAAUGGCUAGAUUGGUUCGAGCUGACGGAAAGGCUACAGUAACUCAGAUAACCACUCUGUACAAUUGUGGUGAGCAGAAAAGCAUCUCAAACUGCACAACAUGUCACACCUCGAGUCAGAUAGGCUACAACAGCAGAAGACCACAUAGGUCUGUGAGCCAAGAAUAGAAAGCUGAGGCUGCAGUGGGCACAGACUCACCAAACUGGACAGUUGAAAACUGGAAAAAACGUAGCCUGGUUUGAUGAAUUUCGAUUUCUGCUGAAGGACACAGAUGGAAGGGUCAGAAUUUGGUGCCAACAGCAUGAAUCCAUGGACCCAACCUGCCUUGUGUCAACAGUCCAGACUGGUGGAGGUGGUGUAAUGAUGUGGAGAAUGUUUACAUGACACACUCUGGACCCGUUAAUCCCGAUCAAUCAUCGCUUGAGUGCCACAUCCUACUUGAGUAUUGUAGCUGACCGAAUACGUCCCAUCAUGGCCACAAGCUGAGAAGUUGUUUUUUUAUCACAUGUGUAAUAGCGUAUGUUUACAGAUAUCUAUAAGAUAUCAUUUAUUCAUUUAAAUAAAAAAAGAGGUAUUUCCUGACCGCACAUCCACACACUGCAGGUUUGCCGUAGACAUAUCAGGGAAGCGUAAAGUGUGUGACGGUGUUCAGUGGGGACCGGUUGGUGGAGUGUGUGUGUGUGUGUGUGUGUGUGUGUGUGUAUACAACUGUCUCCAUGGUGCAUUUUGUUGUGUGUCUGAUCAUGUAAGUGCAGGAGUAAACGUUGUGCAGCAGGAUCUGGAGUUUAUUCCUCUCUCAGCCGGGGAAGUUGGAGGAGAGUGUGUUAUCUGAAGAGAAGAGGUUGACAGUGCGAGGCCCCUCCCCUGAUGCCCCGCCCACCUGCAUACCGGCUCGUGUGCGAGAAAUCGUGACCAAGAACCUAAACGAGAGCAUCUCAGCAGCCGGCAGCAUGUCCUCGGUUCUGUCCCUGGAGGAGGAGAACCGCGUCCUUCAGAGUGAACUGAGUCGCCUCGAGGACCUGCUGGCCCACAGCCGCGCCGACCGCGACGAGCUCGCCAUCAAAUACAGCGCCAUCAGUGAGAGGUUGGAGCAGGCCCUGCGUUUGGAGGUGGGGGUCAGUGACAGCGACUCUCCGGAGUGUGUGAGUUUGUCUCAGCAGGUGGUGGAGCUGCGACGGCGUCUGGAUGAAGAACAAAACGCUUACAAGCGCAAACUCACCGCCUACCAGGAGGGGCAGCAGAGACAAGCGCAACUGGUUCAGAAACUACAGGCCAAGGUUCUGCAGUAUAAGAAGAAGUGCAGUGAUCUGGAGCAGUCUCUCCUGGAGAAAUCAUCAGAGCAGAGUGGGUGUGAAAAGUCCACUAACGGUCAGGAUGAGUGCAGCAGUGAGCUGGAGACGACCCUUAUCCGCCUGGAGGAAGAGCAGCAGAGGAGCAGCAGUCUUUCGGCGGUGAACGCGAUGCUGCGUGAACAGCUGGAACAGGCCGGACUGGCCAAUGAGGCACUGAGUCAGGACAUCCGCAGGCUCACUGCUGAUUGGACCAAAGCGAGGGAGGAGCUGGAGCAGAAGGAGUCUGAUUGGAGGAGAGAGGAGGAGUCGUUCCAUAACUACUUCAGCAGUGAGCACAGUCGGCUGCUGACUCUGUGGAGGCAGGUGGUCAGUUUCCGCAGGAGUGUGUGUGAGAUGAAGAGUGCCACCGAGAGGGAUCUGUCAGUGAUGCGCAGCGAUCUGGCGCAGACGGCGCAGAGCGUGCAGCUGCAGUGUGUGUGCGUGUGUGUGGCGGUGCGGAGUCGCGAGGACGGCUCGACGCUGGUGCUGGAGCGAGAGGCGGCUCAGCGCGUCACACUGGAGCAGCUGCUCCGAGAGAAAGAGAGCGAGAUCACCGAGAGCCAAUCAGAGAGAGAGAAACUCAACAACAGGCUGGCAGACGCAGACAGAGAGAUGCAGAGAAUCAGAGCUCGAGUAGACGAGAGAGAGAACGAGAUCACGUCACUCACACGGAGACUGCAGGAGCAGAGCGGGGAUGAAGAGUCGGAGCUCCAAACACUCAGAGCUCACACUAACACUCUGCUGGACACACUGAGAGACAUCGCACAGUCGAUGUUGUCAGAUUCCGACUCGAGUGUGUUGGGCUCGUCGGUGGAGGCCGAUUCAGAGAACAGUGUUUUGGCUCUGCUGCCGUUGAUGCGCUCCUCCUCCCCCCAUCCAUCCUCAUCACCACAGCGAUCGUCGUCUCCACGGCGACCCUCCGCCCUGACCCUCCCCGAAUCCGCUCUCUCAUCUCUGCGUGCCAUGGCAACCAAUAGACAGCUACAACUCCAGGAGCUCAAAGGUCGUCUGCUGUCAGCGCAGUCGUCUGUCCAACAGCUGCGCAAACAGCAGGGGGAGGCAGAGUCAUGCAGGAGGGAGGCGGAGCUACGUCUGCAGACUGUGCAGGGCGAGAGGGAUGAUGCUCAGAGAGAGAGAGAGACGGCGGCGAGAGAGAGAGACCGACUCCGACAGGAGAGAGACAAACUCUGCAGUGAGAAGGAGUGUGUUCAGCAGUCUGUGCAGGCUUUGCAGACAAAAUUGCAGCUGCUACAGAUGGAUUGUGAGAGACUGCAGCAGGCUGUAGCGUCUGCGCAGAGAGAGAGAGAUCACGAACGAGUGGAGAGAGAGACGGCUGUGCAGGAGAGAGAUCGCGCCAGAGUGGAGACCGAGAGAGUUCAGUCUCAGUGGGGUCAGAGUGAGAGUCGCUGCAGCUGUCUGCGUUCUGAACUGGCUGCAAUGAAGGAGUCACUCCAGCAGGGGGAGAUAGAGAGACAACUGCUCAAAACGGAGAAGAGCCAACUGACUGACACUCUCAGUAAGGCGGAGUCCAGUAAUGCUGAGCUGAUGGUGCUGAUGGCGAAGCUGCGGUCUGAGGAGGCGUCACUGCGAGACUCUCUGGCUAAAAUGAGCAGCUUAAACGAGGGACUUGCUCAGGACAAAGCAGAACUAAACACCAUCAUCAUCCAGCUGGAGGAGGAGAGGAGUGUGCUGCAGGGUCAGAAGAGAGAGGCGGAGCAGGAGAAGCUGACCAUCAGAGAUGAGCUUGUCCGAUUGGAGCAGGACCGACUGGAACUGGACUCCGCCCACCUCACUCUCCACCAAUCACUGCAGGAGUCUGAGCAGGCCAGGGCGGGCCUGGAGGCGGAGCUUCAGAUGCUCCGGAUGGACAGACAAAAACUGCAGGAGAAAGUUACACAGCUGUGUGGUGAGGUGAGCUCUUUGGGGGCGGAACUUGGCAUCAUACGUGGCGAGGGGGAGAGAAGGGGUGUGGCUCUGGAGGAAGCCGGGCGGACUAGGGCGGAGCUUGCUCGUGAGAGGGCGGGGCUUGUGGUUCAACUCACGGCGUCUGAGAGAGAUAACGUCGCACUGACGGAGGAGCUCGCAGCGUUCAGGGUGGAGAGGGAGGCACUGGAGGCGAGUCUGUUCGAGGUGCAGCAGCAGCUGAUGCAGUCAGACUUGCGCCGAGAGCAACUUGAGAACGAAAACCUCAACCUGAGAGCACGACAUGAUAACACUGCAGCGGAACUGAAGCGUGUGCGUGCGGAUGGAGAAAUGGCUGCCGCUCAGAGUGAGCGAGAGAGGCAGGCUCUUAAACAGGAGAUGAUUAACGCUCAGCAUGAGGCUCAGCUCUCUCUCCGUAAUGCACUGUCUGACCACCAGGAGGAGCUGGAGAGGCUCUCCAGCGACAAGGAGGCUCUACGCUGCAGUCUGCAGGCCGAGCAGGAGGAGGCGCUGCGGCGCAUGAGGGAGGAAAUGGAGGAGCGUCUGCAGAAGACGGAGCGAGAGCGGGAGGAGCUGCAGGAGGAGAUCCGGGCUUUGCAGCGCACACGGGAUCAGAGUCUCCUACAGGCCGAGAGCGACAAGCAGCAGGCUCUGUCCCUGAAGGAGACGGAGAAGGCCAUGCUGUCCGAGAGAGUGUGUUCCCUACAGGCCGAGCUGAGCUCUGCAAACCUGGAGCUGGAAAGACUGACAAGGGAAACACAACACCUGAAGGAGCAGGAGAGGGCUGCAGUAGGAGCUGUGAACACUGAGCUGCAGGAGCUGCGUCUGCAGCUGGAGGACACGGUGAGCUCUAACAGAAGGGAGCUGCGCAGACUUCAGGAGAACUGCACAGAGGAGCAGAUACGUGCUGACAAUGCACUCCGAGAGCUGGAGGAGUGUCGCGCUCUUCUCUCAGCCAGCGAGGAGAGCCGAGAUGCCACGAGACGAGACCUUCUGGAGAUGGACAGGCGUCUGAGCCACUCACGCGACACGGGGGAGGGGCAUCGGCGAGACACGGCGGACCUACGGCGCUCCCUUGGCGAUGUCACGAAAGAGAAGGAGGCUCUCGACCAAUCGAACGGCCAGCUGAGGGAGGCGCUGAGAGCAGCGGAGAGCGAACGGAUCAGUGUGAAGCGUCAGUGUGAGGAGAAAGAGCAGCGCGUGGCUGUACUGGAGGAAACCCUAGCGUCUGCGCAGAAGGAAGUGGGGGAUCUGCGCAGCUGUCUGCGGGAGGUGGAGCGAUCACGACUGGAGGCCAGGAGAGAACUGCAGGAACUGCGCAGACAGGUGAAGGUGGUGGAUGUAGAGCGAGAGCAGAAAGCCAGAGAAGUGGCUGAGCUCCAGACUCGUCUCUCGCUGGAGGAGCAGAAGGAGGAGGAACGAGGGAAGGAGCUCUUCUCCAUCAAACAGAAGCUCACUGAGGCGGAGGCUGCCAGGAACUCCCUCAGAAAAGAGCUGUCGUGUGUGCAGAAGCGUCUGAGCGACGGUGAGAGCAGUCGGCGUGGACUGGAGCGGGAUUUGAGCUCUCAGCUGCAGGAGGCGCGCGGCUCCGAGAAGAAGCUGCAGGACGAGUUGAGGAACCUGAGCCUGAGAGCGCAUGCCGAGGUCGAGGCGUCCACGCAGACGCAGCUGCAGCUCAGCGAGGCGCAAGGGCGCCUCAACGCCACGGAGGCGGAGCUGACACGUUCCGAGGCCGCACGCCGUGACCUCGAGUUCCGACUGGCUAGUUUGCAGUCGGCGUUGACACGGACGCUGGGUAUCGGCGCCGGGGGGCGGAGCUUACGUGGACGCAGCCCUGCAGGCUCUGCCCACUCCUCACUCAUUUCUGUCGCGAUGCCCCGCCGCCGGAGCGUCUCUCCUCUACGCGGCUCAUUAUCGCCCCCUAAAGAUGUUGCGGAUAAAUCCACUAAGUCCAGUCCUGAUAACACGACCGUGUCCUGUCCCCUGUCCCCUGAGAGAGGAGACACGCCCAUCCCUCUCAUACAGCCCGACCUCGACCCGGAAACACUCCGCAGUGGCCUUCGAGACUUCCUGCAAGAGCUCAGAGAAGCCCAGAGAGAAAGGGAUGAGGCACGCAGCCAGUUGGGGGAGCUACGGCAAGAACUAGAGGAAAUGAAAGGAGAGAGGGACUCUGUUCAAAAUCGCGUCACUCAGCUACACACCACACUGCAAGAGUGUCAGGAAGGUAAGCGGAAUGUGGACGGUCGUCUGAACUCCACUCAGGCGUUACUGCAGCAGCAUGAGGAGGCGGUGAGGAGAGGAGAGAGAGAGAAGAGAACACUCGCUGAACGAGUUAAAGAGCUCGAGAGAACACUGCAGAACGCCGAGAUGGAACGCAGACACCUACAGGAGCAGUGCAGUAAACUCCGGGCAGGUGAGGUUCGGUUGGAGGCAGAGCGUCGGAAGCUGAGGGAGGCCUUAGAAGGGGCGGAGUCCCGAGCUACAAGGGUGGAGCUUGGAAGGCGGAGCCUCGAGGGAGAAAUCCAACGGCUACGAGUGUGUCUCGCCGAGAAAGAGACAGAAGCCCAGAGUGUUCAGGACCGACAUGACAGCAUGCUCAAACAGGUGCUGGAGGCCGAGGUGCGUGUCACCUCAUUACAGAGGGAGGUGGACAGAUUGUCGUCUCUGCUCAGUAAAGCUCAGGAUUUGGAGAGUGUUCAAAGAGACAGAGCGCAGAGCCUCAGCCAGAGCCUGCAGGACAUCAACGCAGCUCACAGCGCCACCCAGGGGCGACUCACCACACUGCAGAAAAACCUCACACUCACUGAGCAGGAACGCAAACAACUGCAGGAGCGUGUGGACAGCAUGCGGGCGUCUCUGUCUGAGGGGAAACACGCUGUGGAGACGCUGACUGAGCGCAUGCAGAACCUGAAGGCUGAACUCACACAGAGCCAACUCAGACGCCAAGAGCUGGAGACAGAGCUUGCUGACACACAGGAGGCCUUGCGUCUGCGCUCGGCCGCUCUGUGCGAGGCACAGCGUUCUCUGCAGACGGCGCAGACGGAGCGCGUGUGUGUGGAGGAGCGAGUGUGUGUCCUGCAGCGAGCCGUGGCUCUGUUGGAGACAGAAAAGAAAGAUGCAGAGAGACAGGCGGUGCGUCUGGAGAAGGACAAGAACGCGCUGAGGAACACACUGGAGAAGGUGGAGCGUCAGAAGCUGAAGUCGGAGGAGAGCAGCAUGCGUCUGUGCGCGGAGAAAGAACGACUGGAUCAGUCACUCAGCACAACGGAGCAGGAACUACAACACGCACAGAGACAGAUCUCCCUGCUGCAGACCCAACUCGCCGAGUUGGAGGCGUCACAGAGUGUGAGUGAGCGGGAAGACGCCCUGAAGGAGGCGGAGCUUCUGAGAGCCAAUCAGCGCGAGGUGGAGCGACUGAGAGCCAGUCAGAGAGAGGCAGAGCGAACGUUGGCCAAUCGGGAGAGAGCUCACCGUCAGAGAGUGAAGGGACUGGAAGAGCAGGUGUCCACUCUGAAGGAGCAGUUCCAGCACGAGUUACGGCGCCGACACCCGUCUCUGCCCCUGAGCAACUGAUCUCAGGUCAGCUCGUACCAGUACACACUGAUCAUGUGACACACACGUCAUGUGACCUGCUACAGAUCUGUGUGUGUGUGUCUGUGUGUGUGUGUUCCAGUUGGAAUCCUACUUUAACCACUAACGCCUGCAGAGACUCACACAGCACUGACCUGAGAUCAGCAGGUACACAGGCAACUUCCUGCUCAGGUGUAUGUGUGUGUGUGUGUGUGUGUGUGUGUGUAUGUGUGUGUGUAUGUGUGUGUGUAUGUGUGUGUGUGUGUGUGUGUGUGUGUGUGUGUGUGUGUGUGUGUGUUACUCUCGAAGACCGUCUGAGGUUCUUUGUCGGGUCUACUGAACAGUGUGUAAUUCUUUGUGAUGUGACACCUUUGAUGUCAGUCAUUUUGCCAUGGUCACAUGACCGCACCGUGGGGAUGGUCUUUUCCUUCAGGUGUAGUUUAGCAGCACGUGGAAGUCGUGCUAAUCGGUGGCCAGAUUCCUUCAGUCACUGUUAGCAUCGUUAGCGUUUGAGUUCACUCAGGGGAGCGUGAAGCUACGCGUGCGUUGUUUUCACAUCGCAAAGUAUUUCAUCACUGACCAAUUUAUAAGAUAUUAUGAUAUCUUUUUUUGUUUUGUUUUGUUUAGACAUUUCUCGAACUUUCACGUUGACUCACAUAAACAGAAUUAUGGAGGCGACAGCACACGGCGCUGAUUCAGCGCUGUUCUGGACCAAAAUCUGGAUUAAGUUGAUGAUAAAAUUUCAUAUCUGAUGAAUUUGAAACACAAAAAUGUCUGACAGUUAUUUUAACCUUUUUAAUUUUUUUAUUUUUUUUUUAGAGAUAUGAGUGAAAGAUUUAUUUUUCUGGACACUCACUGUACUGUGUAUUAUUAAUACCUGUGUGUGUGUGUGUGUGUGUGUGUGUGUGUGGAGUGUUUCUAACGAUGUGAUCGAUUUGAAUCAUUUCACUCCAAGAAAUAAUAAACCUGAAAUCAUUUCACACAGCAACAAAUCUCCUACGU